GAUAAUGGGAUUGGGAGAGCAAAAAGGAGGAGUAGGGACAAGCAGACAGAAGGAGAGAGAGACAGGUUUGGGGGACGCCUGACCUUAAGAAGGGAGGGUAGCUCCUUUGCUAACCACACACUCACACUCACACGCACACACACAAACACACACACACUUACACGCACGCACACAGUGCUAACAGGCAGAGGAGAGAGUGUCGACCAGCAGCCAUGACAGACGCCGACUGUCUGAGCGAGGCCCUAAAGGCUAUCAGUGUGAGUACAGAGCUGAUUGAAGAGGAGCUCCAGCCUCAUUUGGACACAAUGCUUGCUGCCCUUCUGGAAAAGAAGAAGGAUGCUGCUGUUGAGAUCGCAGGAAGUGGGAUUCUACCCACACUGGCUCAAGCCCUACGGAGCAAAAGCUGCCUGAGCUGCCAGGUGGCGCUGGUGGUGGCAGAGAUGGCCAGAGAAGCUGCGGUCAGGGAGCCAUGCAUCGAGGCCGGCCUGGUGAAGGUGCUGGUUCCCCAUUUGAGCAGCAAUAACCAGGAGAUGCUGCUGAACACUGGCAGGGCCAUCGGACGCAUCUGCUUCGACAGCUCACACCAACAGGACCAGUUGGUCCAGAGCGGAGUAAUCCCCAGACUGGUGUCCAUUAUAAGGGAAUACCCAGAGAACGAGCCCUUGGUCAAUGUCUGCCUGCUCGCCCUUUGUAACCUGGCUGACAUGGACUCUGCGAGGGACGCCCUGACUGACCUGGACGUGGCCGGCAUACUAACCAUUCAGCUGAAACGGGCGCCGGACGCAGAACGCCGACAUAUAAUCCUGGAAAUACUAGGUUCACUGGGCGAGAGCGAUACACUGAAGUUGCAGUUCGCAGAGUCCGGAGUCCCAGAGGCUUUGUCAGAGAUGAUUCAGUGUCUGCAAGGAGGUUCUGACCCACACGACCUCUGCAGCAUUAAGAUCGCCUCCAACCUCAUCGUGUCCCUGCUUUUGGGAGAUGAGUCUAUGCAGAAGUGCUUUGGCGAGGGAUCAAGUCUGGUAUAUCAGGAUGUUCUGUCCUGGCUGCAGAGCCACAACACCCAGCUGCAGCUGUCCGGAGCUCUGGCCAUCGCCAACUUCGCCAGGAACGACAGUAACUGUGUGAAGAUGCUGGACCUCGGUGUGGUUCCUCACAUCCUCACCUUGUUGGAGCAACAUGUCGAUGAAGGAGACGUGUCCGUUCAACAUGCUGGACUGAGCGCACUCAGAAACCUGGCCAUCCCUGCCGCCAACAAAGUGCGAAUGCUGGAGGACGGGGUGACCGAGAGGAUAAAGACCCUGCUGCGCUCUGACAUGCCGCCAGUUCAGUUCAAACUGCUGGGGACACUACGCAUGAUGGUGGACGGACAAGAGGAGGCAGCUUUGGCGCUGGGGAGGGACGCUGUGCUGCUGGCUCGAGUCAUGGAGUGGUGUGAAGCCAAAGACCACGCAGGAGUGCGAGGAGAAGCCAGUCGCCUCCUGGCUGCCCUCAUCAGGCACAGCCGCAGCCCCGAAGUUGUCCAUGCUGUGGCCAAAGCGGAUGGGGUUCGGCACCUUAUCUCCAUGGCAACAAGUGAACACGUCAUCAUGCAGAACGAGGCCCUAGUUGCCCUGGCGAUAGCAUCUGCCAUUGACAUUGAGUCAGUGAAGGAUCCGUUCAGGGAGGCGGAGCUGUUGCCGAUGCUGAAGAAGAUGUUGGAGGAUCCUGUUGGGGCGGUCGAAGUCAAGUUCAGUGCUUUAGGUCUCAUCUGCAGCCUGGCUGACUCCAAUGUAAUGAAGAUGGAGUUGCACUCUGAGAACAUGAAGGAAAGCCUCAGUGCACUGACGGAACACAGCAGCAGUAAACUUGCCUCUCAGGCCAGUUCCAUACUGGCCACUCUCAACGACACCAGCUAAACCAGCCCGCUGCACAAACCCUGCAUCUCAUCUGUGGAAUCCACUGGCUUCUUCAACUGCUCAUCGUCAGUGGUCCUACCCAUAUAGCUACACGCAUAUGCAUAAUGUCUUCUCACAAUACACCUCUGUCCUCACAGGAAGUUAGGUUUAGGCAACAACGCCACUUUAGGAAACAUCAGUUAAAUAACUCCACAACCCCACCGAGUGACUCGGUAGUCACUGGUUCAUUUGUACGACGGCUCUCCGGUCGUCAGUCCACACACUGGCCAGCGAGUAAUUCACAAGUUUAUCGACGUUAAGGAUCGACGCAGCUAAAGACGAGCGUGACAAAGUAAUAUCAGCGUUGACUUUUGGUUCCUGAAGGGACAAACGGUGGUUUGACCCAUUUACCUCCCGCCUGCCACCUGUGGACCACCGGUCUCCUCGUCCUACAUCACAGAAUGCUAAACAGUUCGUCAACAUUGUCCACUGAUAUCUACCAGCUGUUUAGUAGACAUUCACUGUGCACAGCUGACAUUUAGGGCAACGGGUAGAUUUAGUGAAAAGUUCACUAAUGGAAAGGUUUGUGCCUGGUGAGCAUGAUGAAUUCAGAACGUUUCACAGUAAAACUGUCUAUUUGAUUUUGACAUUUCUUCAAUACAAAUGCACAGUAAAUGUGGCGUUGAGCCGUUUACACAGUGAAGUGAUGAAUAACCAUGAUGACAAUAUGGCAGGAGUUCCCUAUAGUUAACGCUUGCGCAGACUACUGUACAUGCUAAGGGCUUUUAUUGUGAAAAGUAAGGGCAGAAGGAGAGGAUCUGCUGUGCGCUUCUUUUGUCAACGCUGAAAGGUGCAAUGAAGUUUCCCGUCUUGGUUUGGAGUGUUGUACACUGCAGUGUGCAUUUGGAAUAUGUACGUAUUUUGUGUACUCAUGUCUAUAUGUUAACGUGGAAAUGAGCUAACACUCCCUGUGUGUAAAGGCUGUGAGGUAUUUUUCCCUUAAAGCAUCAAAUUACUACUGUCAUUCUGAAUAGUGUCGAACAGAACUAUUAAUGCAACCACUCUAACAAGCAAUAUAUACGUAUGGAUAGUAGCAAACAUCUUGACCCAACUCAACUUGGUUAUGCUUUAUUAACUGUUUCAUGGAUAAAGAAGGAAUUGUUUGGUCAUUGUUGGGCAUCGUCAAAAGGAAUCAAAGUAGCUUCUGCUUAUAAUCCCCUGCAGAGGAAUCAUGCUUUGUCAGCCUGCGGUCGUGUUCACAGUGCACUAGAAAACCCCGAUCAACAGCCCUGAUUAUGAAGCACAACGCUUCAUAAUCAGGGCUGUUAAUUGGAAAUGAGUCUUUCUGUGGGAGCUAACUUGUGGAUGCAGUUUGCACACACUGAAUUCUAAUUAUUAAUUCAGGCAUGAUGUCCACAGAGGGUGCGGCUUCAGUACAAUUCAUUAAGGGGAAAAAACAAUACUGUCCUUCCUGCAGACUGACUGGCUGGGAGUCAUUAUCAUCCAAGGGUUGUGGUCAGCUAAUGGCCUCUACUCGUUCCUGUCAGGCGUUGGCUUUGAAUGGUUAGCCUGGUAUGGUUUAAUGUUAGACCUUCCUGUGUGAUGUUAAGGCCUAAUGGUGAGAACACGAUGUUUGACAGAGGAAUCCUACAAGCACAAUGUGAACAAGCCAUUUGCACAACAUAAUUGAAUCGCAUGCAUUAACAACUUGUAAAUACAGAAUAUAUAAGUGUACACCAAGCAAAUCAGUGUGCAUCUAUAGUUGAGUAUAGAGGAAAUGUGUGGUCCACACAACAUGAAUCAUUUAAGAAAUGGACAGAAGCCGCAGUUCUGCUUUAAUAUUUCAUGUAAUAUAUGUAUUGACAUAUUUGGUAUUGAUAGCUUUCACUUUAAAUCAGUGAACAAAUCUGUAUAUUUUUCAGGGAGGGCAUUUGACCUUCUCUGAGCUUUGUGCUAGAGAGAAAAUAAUAAAGUUAUGCCGUGUCAUCCCCAAAAA